AUGACUCCGCCGGCACGCGCGACGUUCCUUCGCUCGGUUUCAGUCGCGAGUCAAGCGGGGGGCUCGUUAUUACCAGGCUCCAUCGUCGAAACUUGUCUCCAAAAACGAGCUUCGAUAAAGUCGACGAUCGUGUUCGGCCUAAGCUCAAAUUUUGCGAAGGUUUCCGCUGGCAGGCUGCAGCUAUCGGCGACAAGCGGCGGCGUUAACUCAGCGGCUCCGGCGCUGCUAUUAGCGACACAGAUGCAAUGCUGGGUGUUGGUCGGCCUCAUGUCGGACGCCGCUGAGCGGAUCAUGGCUGUGUGCGACAAGCUUCUGCCAACGUGGCGUCGCCGACCGCGCUGCACGAGUAUUACCCACUGUCACUGUGAUGCAUUGGCAAAGGAAAAACAUGUACUUGGGACAAAGGAAGUCUGCGGCAACGAACAGCUAAGAACUAUGGAGCUUGGAUACAGAGCCAAUCGUGGUGCUGGACUGCGCUCAGAUAUGUGUGCACGCAAGUUUCGGAAGUUGGCGUGCACGUCUUAUGCGUGA